AUGAGCGGGACUAGUCACUUUCUGACGCUUUCUUCACCCCAUUCGAUUUCUUCCGCCAGACUAGACCAAGAUCACCAUCCGUUGUGUGACCGCGAUUGCGAUCCUCCUCCACAAGACGAGUUCUCGCGUGAGGAUCUCCAGGAACUUCUAAGUAGAAAGGAUCCAGCCAUCUACACUCACCUCCUCCAACAAUGUGGGAGCGCGAAGGCUCUCAGCGCAGGGAGAUUGAUCCACUCCCACAUCGCCAGCAGCGGCAAGCUCGCCCUCACGCGCCUCGCAAACCACGUCAUGAUCAUGUAUAGACAAUGCGGGCAACUGGAAGAAACUCUCGCCAUCUUCAACGAUCUGAAAACAAAGAACGUUUACUCAUGGAACAUCAUGCUGGGCGCCUUCGCGGACAAGCUCCAGAUUCAUCACGCAAAGCAAAUCUUCGACCAAAUGCCCGAGCGGAGCAUCGUGUCAUGGAACUCUAUGCUCGCGGCAUAUACCCAGGCGGGGCAUCUGUCCGCGGCGCGCGGUAUCUUCCUUGCCAUGCCGCGGCACGACGUGGUGACGUGGAAUGCGCUGGCCUCGGGCUACCGCGACGCCGGCGAGCCGCACGGCGCUGUCGAGGUCUACUUGACCAUGCUGCUCGACGGGGCGUGCCGCCCGGACCGCGUGAGCUUCAUUGGUGCGCUGGACGCGUGCGGGAGAGCGGGGAAUAUCCUCUGCGGCGAGAGCAUCCACGCCAACGCCGUGGAGGCGGGCUUCGCAUUGGCGGUCAGCGUGUGUACCGCGGCGGUGGACAUGUACGGCAAAUGCCGCCGCGCGGAUCGUGCCAGAGCGGUGUUUGACGCGGCUCCGUACAAGAGCGCCAUCUUGUGGACGGCAAUGCUGGCGGCACACGCCGCCGCCGGUGACGUGGAUGCCGCGCGGUAUCUCUUCGAUGCCAUGCCGUACGAGAGGAGCGUGGUGCCAUGGACCGCCAUGGUGGCCGGCUACUCGCAAAACGGCCAUGGCCUCGACGCACUGCGACUCUUCCGCACGAUGGACCUGGAGGGCGUGGCGCCCAACCGGGUAACUUUCAUCACUGUGCUAGAUGCUUGUUCGUUGGUACCGGCAUUUACCCCGGGUAGAAUCGUCCAUGGUGAAAUCCUCAACCGGGGCAUCUCACUUGACGUGGUGCUGGGGACGUCGCUAGUGGGGAUGUAUGCCCAGUGUGGGCAUCUGGAGUACGCGAGGGAUCUCUUCGAUUCGCUUCCCGCCAGGAGCUUGAUCUCGUGGAACUGUAUGAUCUCGGGCUAUGCGCGGGGCGGCCACGCCGAUCAAUGCCUCGAUCUCCUCCAAUCGAUGCAAAUCGAGAGCGCUGCGUCGCCCUGCCGAUCGACCAUCAUCAGCAUUCUGUUCGCUUGCAGCCACGGCGGGGCGCUGGAUCGAGGGCUGGAGCUGUGGCGAUCGAUGGAGAUGGACCUGGCGAUCGAUCGAGAGUUUGAUCACUACGUGAGCCUGCUAGAUCUGCUGUGCCGGUCGGGGAAGAUGGAGAUUGCCCGAGACGUGGUGGAAGGGAUGCCCUACAAGCCCGACUCCAUCGCAUGGACCACAUUCCUCGGCUCUUCUAGCAUCAACGGUGGCGAUUGA